AUGAUCUCUUUCAAAGCUAUGCUCCCGACUCCCGAAGCUUCGACUUCGACGCCUAGCGAUGUGGGCACGGCACAGCCUGCAUCGGACGCAUCCGAGCUUGAGGCUAUUUGCUGGCAAUUCCUCAUCUGCUGCACCACUUCGCUCCGAAUUUCGCUGCACAUGCUUCUGGACAGCGUAAUGCUGAUUCUGUGGAAGAAUUGCUUCAGAACAGGUAAUGACACUCCGCAACCAUCGCUUCGUCAUUCCAACCGACUCACGACAUGCUGCUUUAGGCAAGAGGUUGUUCAGAAGAACCCAGAAUUGCAGCUGCACUAUGUGAGCGCCGUUACUGAAGUCCGCGAGAAGGAUGGAUAUGCUGAAGUUCAGAUGUUUACCGAAAUCACUGGCAUGCCGGCUGGCAUUCGCCGUUCUGUUCUGAACAUCUUCCACUGGAGGAAGGACAAGUCUCAAGACGGCGCCUGGCUCCUGGUCCAGGAUGAUCGGUUCACGAGUCCAACUGAUUUGGAGUUCGGAGCGCAGCAACGACCGCACCAAGCUCCGGGACCUGAGCGCACAAGCCGGCUCCAGCUGACCAGUCAGGAAUACGGCCUGAGCUCAACCGGCAUACUGUAUGCCGCUCUAUUUGGGCCUGAGUCAUGCAAGAGGCGGCCUGAAAGAAUCGACAGGAAUGGCUGGAUGGCUGGUACACCUUGUUACCAUCUGCGCAAGGCUUGGCGAAGGCCUUUAAGCUAUGCAACGAUUCCCUUGCGAUCUGGUGCCUUGGUUCGACACAAUGGUCCUCGUUUCGAACCCCUUUGGUUGUGUGCUCGGCUUCGGGAAGCCCUGGCUGAGUUGGCGCCCAGCCGAUCUUGCCGUCUACACCGUGACAUCGAUUUGCUGGGAGCGAUCACUGCUCGACCAGCGGACACGCGCAUGGCCUUAACAAGCAAUGAGAAGCGAUCUCCUGCCAGCAUUGGAAGUCUUAUCAUCUCGAACAUCUACGAUGCCUUCGAAAGGCCCAAGCACGAUCCAGCGAAAGCCCAUAUAAAGGCUAAGGGCGACCCAAUCAAUUGUCUUGCCAUCCGUCGCUCGUUAUCCCGUUUCCUCAUCAAGGAGCUCAAAAUACUCGAACAAUUCAAGAUGGCCUGCCUGAGCUGCCAGGAGGUCUCGGCCUUCCCAACAUCAAGCUUCCAGAUACCAUUGUGGUCAAUCAACCACCACCAGAGGGCUUUCCCGGCCAUCUCGGCCGCAGAAUUGGCGGAACAUGUGAUUCUUACCUCGGAUGUGGUCAAUUUGGACCACAGUCAUUCAACAGCCCUUUCUGCCAAGGCUGGCGGUUUGGAGUCUGCCGGGCUCCCGGCGUCUUCAACUGUCCAUGCUCGUACUGACUCUAGGCCAAGUCCUUGGUUCGUGAUGCACAGAGGGAACUUUUGUGCUCGGGUCGUGGGAGGAGAGCCGACCACAUAG